AUGGAUACACAGAAAUACCUCUCAUUAACUUUCACUUUAAGCCUCUUGAAAAUCACUGCCAAAGUAGGAAUAAGCAAACCACACCCCUCAGAUCAUCACCAGACAAUCACAGCCAAAGUAGGAAUAAGCAAACCACACCCCUCAGAUCAUCACCAGACAAUCACAGCCAAAGUAGGAAUAAGCAAACCACACCCCUCAGAUCAUCACCAGACAAUCACAGCCAAAGUAGGAAUAAGCAAACCACACCCCUCAGAUCAUCACCAGACAAUCACAGCCAAAGUAGGAAUAAGCAAACCACACCCCUCAGAUCAUCACCAGACAAUCACAGCCAAAGUAGGAAUAAGCAAACCACACCCCUCAGAUCAUCACCAGAGAAUCACAGCCAAAGUAGGAAUAAGCAAACCACACCCCUCAGAUCAUCACCAGACAAUCACAGCCAAAGUAGGAAUAAGCAAACCACACCCCUCAGAUCAUCACCAGACAAUCACAGCCAAAGUAGGAAUAAGCAAACCACACCCCUCAGAUCAUCACCAGACAAUCACAGCCAAAGUAGGAAUAAUCAAACCACACCCCUCAGAUCAUCACCAGACAAUCACAGCCAAAGUAGGAAUAAGCAAACCACACCCCUCAGAUCAUCACCAGACAAUCACAGCCAAAGUAGGAAUAAGCAAACCACACCCCUCAGAUCGUCACCAGACAAUCACAGCCAAACCACACACCCUCAGAUCAUCACCAGACAAUCACAGCCAAAGUAGGAAACCACACCCCUCAGCAAAGACAAUCACAGCCAAACCAAAGUCAUCACACCCCUCAGAGACAAUCACAGCCAAAGUAGGAAUAAGCAAACCACACCCCUCAGAUCAUCACCAGACAAUCACAGCCAAAGUAGGAAUAAGCAAACCACACCCCUCAGAUCUUCACCAGACAAUCACAGCCAAAGUAGGAAUAAGCAAACCACACCCCUCAGAUCAUCACCAGACAAUCACAGCCAAAGUAGGAAUAAUCAUACCACACCCCUCAGAUCAUCACCAGACAAUCACAGCCAAAGUAGGAAUAAGCAAACCACACCCCUCAGAUCAUCACCAGACAAUCACAGCCAAAGUAGGAAUAAGCAAACCACACCCCUCAGAUCAUCACCAGACAAUCACAGCCAAAGUAGGAAUAAGCAAACCACACCCCUCAGAUCAUCACCAGACAAUCACAGCCAAAGUAGGAAUAAGCAAACCACACCCCUCAGAUCAUCACCAGACAAUCACUGCCAAAGUAGGAAUAAGCAAACCACACCCCUCAGAUCAUCACCAGACAAUCACAGCCAAAGUAGGAAUAAGCAAACCACACCCCUCAGAUCAUCACCAGACAAUCACAGCCAAAGUAGGAAUAAGCAAACCACACCCCUCAGAUCAUCACCAGACAAUCACAGCCAAAGUAGGAAUAAGCAAACCACACCCCUCAGAUCAUCACCAGACAAUCACAGCCAAAGUAGGAAUAAGCAAACCACACCCCUCAGAUCAUCACCAGACAAUCACAGCCAAAGUAGGAAUAAUCAAACCACACCCCUCAGAUCAUCACCAGACAAUCACAGCCAAAGUAGGAAUAAGCAAACCACACCCCUCAGAUCAUCACCAGACAAUCACAGCCAAAGUAGGAAUAAGCAAACCACACCCCUCAGAUCAUCACCAGACAAUCACAGCCAAAGAAGGAAUAAUCAUACCACACCCCUCAGAUCAUCACCAGACAAUCACAGCCAAAGAAGGAAUAAUCAUACCACACUCCUCAGAUCUUCAUUACAGAAUCACUGCUCAAGACUUUGUAUAA